AUGGCUGCCAAUGAAAAAACCGACGAGGAAGUGUCUCAUAUAGAACACGAAGCUCAUGACGAUUAUACUAAGUCCGAUCUCGCGAAACAAGCCGCCGCAGCGGAGCAUCAAUAUACCUUCGGGCAAGCUAUUCGCAAGUACCCCAAAGCAGCGAUGUGGUCGAUCUUGCUCUCCACAUGCAUCAUAAUGGAGGGUUACGACAUUGUCCUGAUGUCCUCCUUCUUCGCUCAGCCAGCCUUCACCAAACACUACGGCACGUAUAUCGCGAGCAGCGAUAGUUACCAGAUCACGGCGUCCUGGCAAAAUGGCCUCAGCAACGCGGUCUCGGUAGGCACCAUCGUCGGAGCCUUUGCCAAUGGCUAUUUCACCCAUCGGUUCGGCUACGGCAAGGUUCUCCUUGCCAGCUUGGUGCUCAUCACCGCAUUCAUCUUCAUCCCCUUCUUUGCAACCAGCUUGCCGGUCCUCCUCGUCGGUGAAUUCUUGUGCGGUAUCCCCUGGGGCGUCUUUGCGACCAUGGCUCCCGCGUAUGCGUCCGAGGUCUGCCCGCUGGCCCUGCGCGGCUAUUUGACGGUCUAUGUGAACCUUUGCUGGGCGAUUGGCCAGCUCAUCUCGUCCGGAGUGCAAUCCGGAUUCUCCCAAUAUACAACCGAGUGGGGAUACCGCAUUCCCUUCGCGAUCCAAUGGGUGUGGCCUCUUCCAUUGUUUGUGAUCCUGCUGUUCGCCCCAGAAUCCCCUUGGUAUUUUGUCCGACGAGAGGAUUAUGCGGCAGCGGAGCGCAGCAUGAUUCGUCUCGGCUUCAAGGCAGAUGGCGAGGCGAAACAGCGCGUGGCAAUGAUGAUCCACACGAAUGAGUUGGAGAAGCAGAUCGACCAAGGUACAAGCUACUGGGAUUGUUUCCGGGGCGUAGAUCUUCGCCGCACAGAGAUCGCCUGUAUGGCCUUUGCCGCUCAGCCGUUCUGUGGCUCGUCGAUGGGUGGCACUCCAACCUACUUCUUUGAACAGGCCGGCCUUCCGUCCACGAUCUCGUUCAAAAUGUCUGUCGGAGGACUCGCGCUCGCCUUCGUCGGCACCGCCAUCUCGUGGUAUCUCCUGCAUGCCUUCGGCCGCCGCAAUAUCUACCUAUGGGGGCUGGGUCUGCUCACGAUCCUUUUGAUGGUGGUGGGCUUCGUCUCCGUGGGUGCCGGAGACUCGGUCGGCGGCAACUACGCGCAGGCAACCAUGAUGCUUCUAUGGCUACUGAUAUACUACCUCACUGUGGGUCCGAUCUGUUACGCUAUAAUUAGUGAGACUUCGUCGACACGGCUGCGUAACAAGUCGGUCUGUCUUGCCCGCAUUGUCUACUACAUCUCACAGAUAAUCUGUAAUGUCAUCAAUCCGUACAUGCUCAACCCAACGGCUGGAGACUGGAAGGGCAAGACGGGCUUUUUCUGGGGGGGUUGCGCCUUCGUAUUCUUUGUUUGGACUUAUUUUCGGCUGCCUGAAACCAAAGGGAGGACGUUUGAGGAGUUGGAUAUCCUGUUUGAACGCGGAUGUGGCGCCCGAGAAUUCUCUAAGUAUCGUGUUGAUGCGUACGCUGAGGGCCACGACGCUCUUGUGCGGGAAAACUAA